CGGAAGUAUUUUUUUCUCGCUCACGCUGUUGAAGAACCUGCAGUUCGUAGACACAUAACCUGUUUCCUCCUUGAGUUUAGAGACUGCAGAGAUGAAAAAACAGGAUACGGAAGAGUCGGUGACGCCAGGCGGUGAGGAUGCUCCACCUGCCGCAGGAGGGACUGAGUCACCCGCAGCUGCUAAAGACAGUUUGGACAGCAACAGCCCCAAAGAGUCUGAGACACACACCCCACAGACACAAACACCUCCACAAGCUGAGGAAGCCGCCAGUGAAGUUGCAGAGGCAGCAUUGUCUCAGUGUGACAUGGCAGAGGAGCUCAGUCGGCAGCUGGAGGACAUCCUCAGCACCUACUGCAGAGAGAGCAUAUCAGAUGACGGCAGCACAGUGCCCAACGGACAGUCCCACAUCCCAGAGCUCAACGGACUGGUUAAUGAGAAAGAGGACGACAAGCCGGAGGACAGUAAAGUGAACGGAGGUGACAGCAGGGUGGAAAAAGAGCAGAAGAAGACUCAGGAGAAAAAGAAAGUGAAAGGACUGGGCAAAGAAAUCACACUUCUCAUGCAAACUCUGAACACACUAAGCACGCCAGAGGAAAAACUGGCAGGUCUAUGUAAGAAGUACGCAGAGCUGUUGGAGGAGCAUCGUAACACACAGAAGCAGAUGAGGGUGCUACAGAAGAAGCAGAAUCAGCUGGUCCAAGAGAAGGACAACCUGAGGAAUGAACACAGCAAGGCCAUCCUGGCCCGCAGCAAACUGGAGAGUCUAUGCAGAGAGCUGCAGAGACACAACCGCACACUCAAGGAAGAAGGGAUGCAAAGAACUCGACUGGAGGAGGAGAAAAGGAAGGAGGUGACCUCCCAUUUCCAAGUGACGCUGAAUGAUAUCCAGGCUCAGAUGGAGCAGCACAACGAAAGAAACGCUAGCCUUCGACAGGAGAACACUGAACUGGCUGAGAAACUCAAGAAGCUCUAUGAACAGUACAAACUAAGAGAGGAGCACAUAGACAAAGUGGUAAAGCACAAAGACCUUCAGCAGCAGCUGGUGGACGCCAAACUGCACCAGGCUCAGGAGCUUCUCAAAGAGUCUGAGGAACGACAUGACAGAGAGAAAGACUUUCUACUCAAAGAGGCAGUGGAGUCGCAAAGGAUGUGUGAGCUGAUGAAGCAGCAGGAAGUUCACCUCAAACAGCAGCUGUCACUGUACACAGAAAAGUUUGAAGAGUUUCAGACCACAUUAUCUAAAAGCAACGAGGUCUUCACCACUUUCAAACAGGAGAUGGAGAAGAUGACUAAGAAGAUAAAAAAACUGGAGAAGGAGACAGCCAUGUAUCGCUCGAGGUGGGAGAGCAGCAACAAGGCUCUGCUGGAGAUGGCUGAGGAGAAAGCAGUACGGGACCGGGACUUCGAGGCACUUCAGGGUAAAGUCCAGCGGCUCGAAAAGCUGCGACGGGCACUAAAGGUGGAACGCAACGAGCUCAAUAAAAAGGUUCAGAACCUGAGCGGGCAGCCCGUUGGAGGCCCAGGAGGACCCGGCUCUGACCCAGGGACUGACUCCCCCUCACCGCCACCCACAGACUCUCUGCUGGAGCCAAACCUGGAGCCCAGCAGCCUCCCCGACACUGGCUCCUGCUCCCAGUCCUGCCACUGUGACCAGGAAGUUGACACGGACACCCUACUACAGGAGGAAAACGCCCAGGAAUGAAGCUCCUCACAGGGGGACGGCGCUGCUCACACUCCCCUCUCCUCCCUCCAGCAUAAAACCACAAAACAAUAAAAUAAGCCCACCAGCCUGCAAGCCACUCCUCCUGCUGGAUGAAGCCGAACACUGGUCCAGAUAGAAACACCGUUAGCUGUCUUAGGAAGAACAUGUGAUCAACGCAAGGGUUAACCUGUGUCUUCCCAGAGUCCUUUGCAGGCUUUAUGAAGGUGAAGUCUGUGCUUCAUGCGUCAGUACAUUUACAUGCGCAUUAGCAGUGAAUCAUCUAUGUAGGUCUGAUUUCUAAUGACGACAGCAGCUUGAGUACAUCCUGCAGAAAACACUACACAACGUUUUUUAGCGUUAGUUGGAAAAACUCAGAUAUGUGUGGAAAAAAAACUGUUCUCUAACAUUAUAAUCAUAAAUUUGUGAGAAAAACUCCAGAGUGGAGUUGUAAAUUUACAUGUGAAAAAAGUUUUUUUAACAUGUAUUUGCAGGGAGAACAGAAAUUAAAGUUAUGAAUUAGCAACAAAUAUAUGGAUAUUCUUUUAGAUUAAAGUGGAAAAUACAUUUAAAAAUCUGAUCCAGUUUAUAAUUUAAGACAAUAUUUGGAUUUUUUUUCUCAUAAAUCAUUCAUUUACAAGAAGAAAAGCCCAAAUUUACAAAAUAACUUGAAUUUUUCUUUGAUAAUGCAAGAUUUGUGAGGGAAAAAUCCAUUCUUUGAUAUUGAAGUUGUAAAAUUAUGAGGGGAAAAAACUAAACUGAGUUUUAAGUACUGAAUUUACAAGAAAAUAAACUGCAUUUUUUGUGAUAUUAAACUGAGAAAUGUAUUAAAAAGGAAAAUCACAGUUUUAUUAGAAAGAUUCUAAAGAGUCAGAUUCUAAAUGAAUCCAAAAAUCUAAAUCAUCUUUGAAAUUAAGGUAACUAAUUUAUGAGAGAACUUCCUCUUCCUCAACAGUCUGGCUCGUUGACUCUAUGUUUCACUGAUCUCUAAUGUAAAAUUAUUGGUGUUCAUGUAAAUGCACUGACCAUCUCAUACUGUUUUCCUUCACAUUCCCUCUUUAACUUGCAUCGGACACAACUACUUGGGAUGACACAAAGAUGAACAGAAUGUGAGAGGAGUCAACAAGAAGCUGAAUGAUCUUUGUGUGUGUGCGUGUGUGUGUGUUUGGGUUCAUUUGUGUCUGAUCUCGUUGGGGAAACAGUCACAUGUUGCAGUAUUGUAAAGAACACUUUCAGAUGAAGUCUUAACAGAAAUAUCAAACUCUUAUUUUUAGUAUGAUAUAAAUAAAAGUCUACAAAUCCACAUCGUUAUGUCAUUGAGGAAUGUUCUUGAAUAUUUGUUCAGGCUCACUCUGAUAAUUCUGUCAACAAGUUUCUUCACCCCCUGUUGUUAAUUUGUACUCUGAUUUUGUGCACUGUAACAUGUGAAGCACUUAAAGUAAAUCAGUUUGUUUUUAAUUAAUUUAGACCCUUUAUAUGAACAUUCCCUGUUUCAUUCUAUUCAUAACAUUGUAACGACGACCACUUCAAAGUCUGUUUAGCUUCUUGUGUGUAUGGCGUAUGUGUGUAUGUGUGUGUAUUCGGCUAAGAUUGUCUCCUCCCAGCUCCGGUAAUCGCAGUAGCUCGUAAUCAGGUCUUAGCAAGAGAAUGUUCACGGACCUCUAUGCAACGCUUGCCUCUUUGUGUUUAUUCUGUGGCAGUCUGAACUGACAAGCACUUAACCUGAGAAUGUAUCUUCAUAUCCACUGUCCUGCAUGGAUGUACAACAUAUCUCACAUAGACCUCUUUUUUUUUUUUUUUUUUUUGUUAAUUCUGAGCUACUCUCACAAAUGUUGCUUGAUAUUCAUCCAGAAAAUACUAUGUAUGUAACUGAUGCUUUUUAAAAGUGCAGUGACUGAGCCAAGAGGAGAUGAGCAGUAAAAAAAAAUUAAAAUUCCAGUAGAGUUCUGAAUGACAUCUUCACCCCCAAACUAUGUCCACUUCUUCUCAUGCAUUUAAAAUAUUCCUUAUUAUGUAGCACAGAUGACAACUGAUAGAAGCAGUGAAGUCAAAUCUGAAACAGAAAUGGCAAACCUGAUUUCUUCCGCUGUCCCACAGGACAUUGAUUGUGCCUCCUGUGCCGUAAUGGUUAUGGAGGUCCAUUGACCAUGAGAAGGAACCAAAGAUGUUUCCUGUUUUUGUCUUUUGCAGUACUUUUAUCUGGCCCUGUAUAUUUUGUUUCUUGUUAAAUAAAAGAUGUAAUAGUG